GAAGAGACAGUAGGAAGUGUUUGCUCUUUUGUACCUGCUGUCAGAAGAUUACAGUAAAUGUCAUUACAUCUCUUUUUGCGAACUUUAUUCGCUCACAAAAGCCCAAAAGAAAAACGUCUGUUGGAGUGCUCAAGACUGAUCCGGUUAAUGUGAUGUGCAGCCCAGGAUCUGAGGGACACGGAGAGGAUCCGUCUGUGGAGAACAUCUACUGCAGAGGUGCAGUCACUGAAGUGCUCAAGUAUGGUCCAACAGACCUGCACGGUGCCAGGAAAGGCCCAAACCCUCCCAAAAUGCUCAUUCUCAUCAUUCCAGGUAACCCAGGUGUGGUGGGAUUUUACAAGACAUACAUGUGGACCCUGUAUCAGACAUUCCUAAGAAGAUAUCCAGUGUGGGCUGUGAGUCAUGCCGGACACUGUAUGCCUCCAGACACCUUCGAUAUGAUUGAAGAUGCAUCUGUGGCUGAGAGGGAGGAUGUUUUCGGGCUUGAUGGACAGAUUGAACACAAGCUGACCUUCCUUCGCAAGCAUGUGCCUCGAGAGACAACUCUGCUGCUGAUUGGUCACUCGAUCGGCUGCUACAUUAUCCUGGAGAUGAUGAAGAGAGACCCGGAGCUGAAGGUUUUGAAGGCCGUGAUGCUGUUCCCCACCAUCGAGCGCAUGGCCUGUAGCCCUCAGGGGAAGCUCAUGACCCCUUUGCUCUGUCAUCUUCGGUACGCCGUAUAUCUGCCCAUCUUCUUGCUGUCCCUGCUGCCCGAGAGGCUGAAAGCUGAAAUUGUGCGUCUAGCCAUGGGGAAUUUAUACUCGCUGGACACCUCUAUCGUCCCAGCAACCGUCAGCCUCAUCAAUGUAGACUGUGCUGCUAAUGCUAUGUAUAUGGGAGGCCAAGAAAUGAGACUGGUGGUAAAAAGAGAUGACUCAACCAUACGUCAACACCUCGGAAAGCUUAUUUUUUACUAUGGAGCUACGGACCACUGGUGCCCUGUGCAGUAUUACCAUGAUAUCCGAAGGGACUUCCCUGAAGGUGACAUUCGUCUCUGUGAAAGGGGCAUCCGACAUGCAUUCGUCCUGGAUGCGGGAGAGGAAGUGGCCAACAUGACGGCACAGUGGAUCUGCGAUGAUCUGAGGACUCUGUGACUGUAAGAUAAUUUUAGCACUGUUAAGGGCCGUUCACAUUAUAACAUUAACUAUGGCAUUAACUAAUAUUGCAUGUUUUCUUUACUAAAACGCUUGUAAUUGUUCAUGUGUCAUUUAAUCUAUAAGUAUGCUGUUCUUGUUGCAUUUACACAGCAGGUAUAACCAGCAGAUGUCCUCAACACGGCGCGUUUAACUGUAAACAAUGAAUCUAAUAGUUUGUGAAAUCUAAUAUCUUACAUUUGGCGUAGUUAAUGUAGCAGAAAAAAGCAUUACGUGGUGAAUUUCACAGCAACUGGAUACCUGAGGUAAUUUUAAGCUAUAACUAGACCUCAGCAAUGAACUUCUCCACUGUCUCAUCUGUCAUUUAAUGGCCGUGCACUUGAAAUUUAAAUAGAUUUGAUUGGUUGUCAAUAGUUUAUCGUUCAUCAGUUUAAAGAAGAAAAAAAAAUCGCCCAGAAAGUGAUGCAAGUGAUAUCGUUCAUUGUAUCUUUAUCGUUAUAGUUGUGGUGUGAACUCUGCUAUUCUUUUAAAUAUAAAAAGAUUUAUAAAACCAUAUUUGUAUAGUUAUCGUUAUAAUGUGAACGGACUUUUAAAGGGAUAUUCCAGCGAAAAAUGAAAAUUACCCCAUGAUUUACUCAAACUGUAUAUGAUUAUCUUUUUACAGACAAAGACAAUCGGGGUUAUAUUAGAAAAUGUGAAGGUUCCCAUCGGACAUGGAAUUUCUGAAAUAUCAUAUUUUGAAAGUCAGGGAAUUUUAUAUAUUUUUUCCAAGUCAUGGAAUAUCAGAAUUUGUUUGUCGCUUUAAAUUUUAGUUUGCAUUUAUCAAAAUGUACACCUUUGUACCCAAAGAGUAGCCUGGGUUUCCCCAUGCUGCCUUGAACGCAAAUUUAUUCAUGCUGCAUGUCUAGCAUGGAAACUAUGGACCUAUUUUGUCCCUGAAGUAGGGAACCAAUCACAGAACGGGGAGGGGGCAGCAAGACGAUGACAACAUCUAUGCGACACACCGAUUGACAAUGAGCUACGAACAGACGCAUUUGAUAGACAUUCGUAGCACCCAAUAAACGACAUAGGGAACCAAUCACAGAACGGGGAGGGGGGAGCAAGACGAUGACGACGUUUAUGCGACAGACCGAUUGGCUAUGAGCUACGUACAGACGCAUUUGAAAGACAUUCGUGGCACCCAAUAAACGGCAUAGGGAACCAAUCACAGAACGGGGAGGGGGGAGCAAGACGAUGACGACGUUUAUGCGACACACCGACUGGCUAUGAGCUACGUACAGACGCAUUUGAAAGACAUUCGUGGCGCCCAAUAAAUGCAUUUGAUAGACAUUCGUAGCACCCAAUAAACGACAUAGGGAACCAAUCACAGAACGGGGAGGGGGGAGCAAGACGAUGACGACGUUUAUGCGACAGACCGAUUGGCUAUGAGCUACGUACAGACGCAUUUGAAAGACAUUCGUGGCGCCCAAUAAACGGCAUAGGGAACCAAUCACAGAACGGGGAGGGGGGAGCAAGACGAUGACUACGUCUAUGCGACACACCGAUUGGCUAUGAGCUACGUACAGACGCAUUUGAUAGACAUUCGUAGCACCCAAUAAAUGCCAUAGGGAACCAAUCACAGAACGGGGAGGGGGGAGCAAGACGAUGACGACGUCUAUGCGACACACCGAUUGGCAAUGAGUUACGUACAGAUGCAUUUGAUAGACAUUCGUAGCACCCAAUAAACGGCAUAGGGAACCAAUCACAGAACGGGGAGGGGGGAGCAAGACGAUGACGACGUUUAUGCGACACACCGAUUGGCUAUGAGCUACGUACAGAUGCAUUUGAUAGACAUUCGUGGCGCCCAAUAAAUGGCUCUUGGCAUUCGUAAACCACGCCUCAAAUACGAGAAAAGAACACGUGGUUCCCAGACCACGUCUCAUUCUCUAUGAGACUGGUCUGGUGUUAGCCAGGCUACCCAAAGAGUUCAUAUUGUUAUUUCAAAGGUACAUAUUGAUAGUUUUAAGAUACAUAUUUGGUAUUAGGACCUUUUUUAAAGGGUACUGCCCCAAGUGACAGCUUUUGUACCUUUAUUUUUGACAGUGUAAUCAGCUUAAUAAGUUGUGACGUUUCCGUGUCCAAGCCUGCACAGCUGUUUGUUGGCGUUGUUUAUUCAUUUUAUGCAUUUAAGCUAAAUAUUUAAUAAACUCACAGUGUACAGCAUUAUCAGGCUCACAGCAUCUCAGACAUAGGUCAUGAAAAUUCAGCUUUUUAGUCAGAAGUCGUCAGGGAAUUUGACAUUUAGCUAAAAAUGUUUUGGCUGUUCCAAGCUUUUUAAUUGUAGUAAACAGUGACCAGGGAACAACUUCUGACUUUAAAGCCCAAAAAGUGCAUCCAUCCUUUACAGACUCCGGCGGUUAAUAAAGGCCCUCUGAGGGUAAUCAGUGUGAUUUUGUGAGAAAAAUAUCCAUAUUUAAAACUAUAAGCCGUAACUACUAGCUUCCGGCAUCGGCCAAGGUGCAUUCACAGAGCUCUUUUUUACUUCAUUUAAUGGGGGUAGCACCAGAGGCGUCAUCCCCAUUUAAACUGAGGGGGCAUGUGCCCAAAUGGAUUUUUCAUGCAACCUCAAAAUGAAAGAAGCGUCCAUUAAUCUGUUAUUUGACUUUUAAUCUGUUUAAUAUGCACAAUAUUAUAAAUUCUUAUAAAUUAUGCAUCCUUGUAACUUUUCAGAGAUUUUUGCCGUUUUGAUUGUGUAUGAUCAUGUUACAUUACAAUUCUGGCGGCAGGCACUGCAGUCAGCGCAGCCGCAGACCUCAGCGUCUGAGCGCGCUCAAGAGUUUACUGUUGCUGCUGCAUUUGGCUAUGUGAGGAAUUAAAACGUGUAAGAAACGCUCACAACAUUUCCAAACCCCAGUACGGUAAUGUGCAGUUAACCUCCUCUGUGUAGAAAAUGUAUGGUUUAAAAUGUGACCGUCUAGACGUUAAAUUUGUAGAGAUUUCUAGAUUCAUCUUCUUGGUACAACGCCAAAGUUCGCCAGAGUUCAUGGGGGCGUGGAAUCACACAUGUUCAUAUGAGGUGAAAUUGAAUGCAAAAAUCCGUUCCUCUAAUAGUUUUAUCUAAACAUAUUUUUUAAAAUCAUUAUUGAACAUUAAAAUCAAUCACUUUAUGGAUUUAAAAUUACAUUAAUUUCAUAGGAUAAUGCAGUUGUUGUGCAAAAUGCAUUAAUGACACAAUUAAACAAGUCAUUAAACAAAACGUAAAUAAACAAAACAUGCCGUUUCAGAUGUAAAUAUGAUGCCAAUAUGUCAUUAUUCCGAUUGAUUAGUAUUUGAUAUAAAAGUUAGUCAACACUUUUAUUUUGGAGGUUUUUGCAUGAAGGCACUCAGAUUAUUAGAAAUAUAUGUGCCAUGGAAAAGACUUAAAGCUCUAUAAUAUAUUUAGUUUCAUGUCUGUGUAUGCACAAAUUACUUUAAGCUAUGCACACUGUGCCCCCUCAAAAAAAAUUGGUGCAUGACGCCCCUGGGUAGCACCAACGUAAAGGUACAUUAUCGCCACCUAACUUACUCUUGUCAAAGAUUAUAGAAGCCACUCCAACACAGUAGGUGGCAAUAAUGCACCGGAAGCUAUUUAUUAUGGUUCAUAAAGUUUAAAAUAUGGGCGUUAUUCUAAAACAAAUUACUUCUGUGAAGGAUAGUUGAAUGUUUUGGCUUCAAAGUCAAGUUGUUCCCUGGUCCCAUGUUCACUACCAUUAUGAAGCCUGGAAGAGCAAGGACAUUUUCUAAUAUAACUACGACCGUGUUUGUCUGGAUAAAGAUAAACAUGUACAUUGAGGAUUGCUUGAGGGUGAGUAAAUCAUGGGGUAAUUUCAAUUUUUUGCUGAAGUAUCCCUUUAAUUUGUAUUAGAAAAUGUAAACUUACACUGAAAAAAAUUAUUAAUUCAAUUUACUUCAUUUUUUUAAGGUAAGUGUUUGCAAUCAAUUUAUUUAAGCUACAUUUAAACAAAAGAAAAAAUAAUUAAAUAAAAAACUUUGUUUUAAAGUAGCUUAAAUAAAUUGAUUGCAACCAAUUACCUUAAAAAAAUGGAGUACAUUGAAUGAAUAAUUUUUUUCAGUGUAGUUGUGGUGUGUAUUUAACUUUACGAAUAAUUAAAAAAUUGGGUUGGUAUUUGAGAGAAUGUUAAAGAGAUAGUUCACCCAAAAAUGAAAAUGUUGUCAUUAUUUACUCAUGUACUUGUUUACUUUCUUUGUUCUUCAGAACCCAAAUGCAGAUUUUUAAAAAACUGUUGCCUGUCUUUUAGUGCACAUGCACUGUGCCUAAAUUGUUGUUUAUGCAGUGUUAGUCGAGUCUAACUCGAGUCCGAUUCAAGACCAGCGAUCAAGUGUCGAGUCUGAGUUAGGACCGAGUCCAGAAAAAGCUGGAUGUGGACUCGAUCUUGAGUUGGACUCAAUGCUCGAUCAACACUGGUUUUAGGAUAUUCACGUUUCAAAUGUGUGUAACAACUGAUAUCCAUUGUCUUCAAGACACUUAAAAAAGUCGAGUUAUUUAUUUAAUACUUUUAGGGGUAACGCUUUAUUUUACGGUGUCUUUGUUACACAUGCUACAUGUAAUUACUGUAGUAAUAACAGUUAAUUAUGCAUAAUUACAUGCAACUAACCCUAAACCAAAUCCUAACCCCAACCCUAUAGUAAGUACAUGUUGUUAAUGAUUAUUACUUAUUAUUAAAUGUAUAAUUACACACAGUGAUGCGUUAAAAUGAAGUGUGACCCUUUUAGGUAAUUUUGAAGCUUAAAUUUUUCUCUGAUUACAAUGGCAGUGUAUGGUAAAUGAGGUGGUCACCAUUCACCCCCGUUAUAACUAGAAACCCUUUAACUUUUAACUUGUGGUUAACUAAUGACAAAGUUUUAAUUUGGGGGUGAACUAUCCCUUUAAUUAGCUAUUAUUAGCCAAUUUUUUACAUUUAUUUGUCAUGUUUUAACCCUAAAAACGUAAUAGGGGAACAUGACAAGUAUCCUAUCUCAUAAUACAUAUUCAUGGAGUUAAAUUACAGAUUCAUAUGUAAAAUGUACAUUCCCCUGACCCUAUACUUUAUGCAUUAUAAAAAAGAUGGAGUUGUUGUUUCUGUACAUUAGCUCAAUUGGAAGAGCAUUGCAUUAGCAGCUCAACCGCUCACACACACAUACUGCUAAAAUGUAUACCUUGUAAUGCACUGUAGUCACUGUAUUUGCCCAACGUGUACAUGUAAAUUAAUGAAUGGCUAUAUAAAAUUAUUAUUAUAAAUAUAUAAAUUAUUUAUUGUUGUAGCAUUUCAUAUCACCCUUGUGUGACCCCUUAACAUUUUCUUUAUGAUUUUUAAUAAAAAAAGAUGAUGAUCAUGGCCUCCUA